AUGCAAACAACUAAUAAAUUACCUCCUAGAACUCAGACUAACCAAAUUAUAAAUGGCAAUAGAAAUGUAUUGGUAUUUUAGGAUCAAAAACCAAAAGAUUUAAGAAGAUACACAACUGAUGCAGAAGAAAUGAAAAAAUAUAAAUAGAGUUAUGGUUCAUAAAAAAGAAAUGACUCAAAGUAUAAAUAUGAAUAGAAUUUAGUGAUAUUUAAAAAUAAAAUUAAGAUUAGUGUAAAUAUAAUACAAAUGGUAAAUAAAUUGCAGAGAAUGGAAGAUAAUAACAUGUUUCAAGUUUAUCUGAUAGUCAAUCAUAAUAACUUCCUUUAGUAAUGAUAAAAUGUUAAGCAAAACCAUAAUUUGAAAAUUUUAAGAAUCAUGUAAAUGCAAAAAAUCAUAAUUUCAUCACUUAACAACAAAGAAAUGAAAAACCUCAUUCAUUUAAAUAAAUUGCAUAGACAAAUAAUAAACAAAUAUCUAAUUGUAAUAUGAUUAUUAAAAUUUUUAAGUGUAUUAUGUAGGAGAUUUGUAAAAUGCAAUUUUGAAUUAGAAUUCAAGAAAUUCGGAUAUAUUUCGAGAACAUAUAGUUGUUUCUUUUACAUAUAUUCCAAUAAUAUAGAAAUCAGUUAUUGAUGUUAAAUAGAUAUAAGAGAAAAAAUUGAAAAUUCCAAUAAGAAAGAAUAAGAAAUGUAAUAAAAUUAGAAAUUAAUGAAAAUAGAUAAUAAAACAAUAAUAUUUGAUAUGGAUGAGACAUUGAUGCAUUGUAAUGAAGACGAAAAUGAUAAAUGCUAAUUUAAAAUUCCAAUAGAAUUUGAAGAUGGAGAAAGAAUAAUAGCAGGCAUCAAUAUUAGAAAUUUUGCUAAAGAGAUAAUUUAAAAGCUUAGUGAGGUAUGUGAAGUAAUGAUUUUUACUGCUUCUUAUGAUAUUUAUGCUAACCAAGUAAAAAUUGAUUAAACUAUUUGAGGUUAUAAAUAUUUUAGAUCCACAUAAUAAUUUGUGUUGUCGAAUUUUUAGAGAUAAUUGCAUUUCAGUAGAUGAUAACCAUUUGAUAAAACAUCUUGGAGUAUUGAAUAGAGAUUUAAAGAAUGUUGCCAUAAUUGACAAUUCUUCUUGCAGUUUUGCGUAAUCAUUAAAUUCAACAAUAAGUUAGACAUCAUUUAGAGAAUGGGAUUCCGAUUGUUUCAUUCUAUAAUGAUGAAAAAGAUAAUCAAUUGAUUAAAUUGUAUCGAUACUUGUGUUAAUACAUUCUUCCUGCUGAAGAUGUAAGACCUAUCAUUUUAUCCCAUUUUAAAUAAGAUAAAUUAAACUAAUAUGAGACAGUUGAGGAAGCAGUAAAAUAAUUGUAUUUUUGA